AUGGCCUCCCCACUCAAGAGCUGCGUCGAUCCGGCCGAACACCCGCUCGACACCCGAAUGAACUUUGGCGAGUACAUGGUCCAGCAUCUCAGGCGCCACGCAAGCUCAAAACUGAUCAACGGUACAACCGACGAAGCCUACACCUAUUGCGAAGUAGCAGAACAGGUGGAUGCCGUGAGGACAGCGCUAUGGCGACUGGGCCAUGAAGCUGGAGACAAGAUCCUGCUCCUCAGCACAAAUCGUACGCAACUGCUGCCGAUGUUUCUGGGUGCAGCGUGCGCCAACAUGGCGUCCGUCUGUGAAAGCCCGGACUUUAGUGUCGAUGCCCUGGCUGACGCAAUGGAAACCCUGUCCCUGGCCUCCGUCUGCUGUGAGCCAGACCGGGUUCAAGAGGCCCUCGAACUGCAGCGAAGACUGGUUUCUAUAAAGUACAUCAUAGCUCUGGACGAAACCGCGCAUAAUAUGGUUGGAGCAACGAACACCGUAAUCACAUGGAGUGAGCUGCUGAAGAAGGGCCGUGAAGAAGGAGGCCCAAUGCCACCGCCUCCCGAGUAUCGAGAAAAUCAGAUCUGUUACAUGACAUCUACAAGUGGCACGACUGGCAAACCGAAACUGGUUGUGCAUUGUCACGAGUCCCUCCUGGCUGCCGUUCAGUCAAGCAGCCACCCUGGGCACAUGCGUCUAGGUCCUGAAGACUUGUCUCUCUCCACAUCGUUGUUGGUCUACCCGUACGCGCUUUCUUGGGGUGUCUGCAAGGCUAUCGCCCAGGGAGCGUCGACCGCCUUUACGGAGACUGCCGAUGACAAUGCUAUACUCGAAGCAAUUCACAAACACAGGGUUAUGCAAGAGCUCGCAUUCAGUGUUCUCGUGCCGACCCUCCGAGGCUUUUUCGCCUGCUGGCGACCCAGCACAGCGUUUCAAGACGACGCCAACAAGAUGCCGCUGCUGUUCGUGCUCAUGGUCGCCAUUCGCGUUGCAGAAAUGGUGGUCCGCUGCGCGCCCUCCGCUGAAGUGAGGGACACAGAAACGAAAAAGCCUCUGGGACCAAGGCAACGUGGAGACCUCGUGGUGCGAAGUCCAAGCCUGAUGCGUGGAUACUGGGGCAGACUGCACGAGCCCAUCACCGACGAAGAAGGCUGGUACAGCACAGGCGACCUGUGCUACUACGACAAAGAUGGCUGUCUGUACCUAGUUGCGCGGCUGAGCGACUACUUCUGCGUCCGUGGGUGCAAGUAUUGGCCAGCCGAAGUCGAGGCUAUGCUGCUCAAGUGUCCAGGGGUUCAUGACUGCGCCGUCGUUGGAAUACCCCAUCCUGAAGCUGGAGAAGUGGCGCACGCUAUAGUUGUGCCCGCGCCACAAGCAAGAACACUGAGCGCAGAACACGUCACGCAAUUUGUGGAAGCUAACGCAUCGAAGGGAUGCCGGUUGGAAGGAGGCGUCACAUUUGUCGACAUGAUUCCACGCAGCAAUAGAGGAAAGUUCGUCAGGCGUCAGCUCGUCCAGUGGAUUAUCGGGAAGCGAGAACAGGGAGGCAUCAACAGUCGGCAAGAUGAGGCGUAAGAUCUAACAGAUUGCCCAAACGACGCUUCCCCGAACUGCGCAAAGCACAUCUCGCACUAGGGGUGCGCAUUCAUGGUGCAAAUUUGUAGUAUUAUUAAUUCGAAAGCAUUAUAUGCCCCAUGAAGUGGAAAAUCCGGCGUCCGUUUUAUCUUCCGAUGGUACCAAAACCCACGUGACCAAGUGACGACGUAACGUUCCUAGCGCUGGGACUGUUGCGGCUCGCACUGCAAAAUUCUACGGUGAACAGUCAUGGCGUCGAACCUGGACCCCUUCCAAAAUUGGAUUAAGAUGGAUUAAAGUCGAUUAAAGUGGGUGAAAGAAUAUUAAAAUUGGUACAAAUUACAGCAAGGUGGAUUAGGCUGGAUGAAUGUGGAGCUAUAAUUUAAGGUGAUAACUUAGACAAGUCAUCAUGCUUUCGCAUUCAAAUCACCUAAAGAAACUUAAGUGAGUGUCACUUCUUAAUAAAGUGUACGUUG